CCAGAGAAAGGAAGAAGAAGAAGCAAAUUGUGAGAGUGAGAACAUGGACACUGUGGAAGUAAACAACUUUGAGGCAUUGCCACUUCUGUCUUUGAAUCAUGUCUCAUUGUUGUGCCGAUCGGUUUGGGAUUCAAUGCGGUUCUAUGAACAAGUUUUGGGCUUUGUUCCCAUCAAACGCCCUUCUUCUUUCAAGUUCAAUGGAGCUUGGUUGUAUAAUUACGGCAUUGGGAUACACUUAAUCGAGAAUCCAUCUAUCGACGAUUUUGGCACUAUCACUGAACCGCAACCGAUUAAUCCUAAAGAUAAUCACAUAUCGUUCCAGUGUACAGAUGUUGGCCUUGUCUUAAGGAGGCUGGAAGACAUGGGAAUGAAGUAUGUCACGGCCUUGGUUGAAGAUGAAGGGAACAAGGUUGAACAGGUGUUCUUCCAUGAUCCAGAUGGUUACAUGGUUGAGCUCUGCAACUGCGAGAACAUUCCGAUCGUUCCCCUUUCUUCAUGCUCAUUCAAGCCAAGGCUAAGCAGUUUCAUCAAGUCUGCACCGGCUAAGUGUGGAUUCAUGGAAAACGCGAUGAUGGAGAGCUUGAGCAUGGAAAUGCUCAACAUGUCGUUUUGAAAUUGCACCAGAUUGUUUUCACAGGUCUUACAAUGAUUUGCUGUCUUGUUUUGCAUGAACAAAUUGUGUAUUGGUUAUAGUAUUUAAUAAGUUUGUGGGAUUGAGUGUUGUAAUCCCUGUGCAUUAUAUCUAUACCCUGUAAGCCUAAAUGAGGCUUUUGAUUGUACUAAAAUAGAAAAAAAAGACUAUGGCCUACCUAUAAUAUCAAAAAG